UUGAUCACCAGCGACUCUGCCUUCUAUGGGCUCUCGCCACCUGUCUAUCCUUCGCCAAAUACUACGGGCUCAGGGACAUGGACACAGUCUUUGUCGCGUGCGCAGGCGAUGGUGGCGAAUAUGACACUGGAUGAGAAGAUCAGUCUCACGGCUGGUUCUUCCUCCGACACGGGUUGCGUGGGCUUUCUGAACCCGAUAGAGCGCCUGUCCUUUCCGGGAAUGUGUUUUCAGGAUGCUGGCAAUGGUGUGAGAGCAACUGACUUUGUCUCGUCGUGGCCUUCUGGUAUCCACAUGGGAGCGAGCUGGAACCGAAAUCUGUCUCUUCAGAGAGCCCUCGGUAUGGGGGGCGAGUUCCGAACCAAGGGCAUCAAUGUCUUCCUCGGCCCUGUGGUGAGUCCCAUGGGAAGAACUGUGACCAGCGGUAGAAUUUGGGAAGGAAUUUCACCUGAUCCUUACCUCUCUGGUGCUCUCGUGUUCGAGACUGUCUCUGGGGUGCAAGGUGCCGGCGUGAUCACCAGCACCAAGCAUUUUAUCGGAAACGAGCAAGAGAGCCACCGGAUGCCCAAUGGCACGGCUCAAUCUGUCUCCUCGAACAUCGACGACCAGACCAUGCACGAACUCUACCUAUGGCCAUUCCAAGACGCUGUCCAUGCUGGCAGUGCCAACAUCAUGUGCUCUUAUCAACGCAUCAACAACAGCUACGGUUGUGCAAAUAGUGCCACGUUGAACGGCCUCUUGAAGACAGAGCUCGGUUUCCAAGGCUUUGUCGUGUCAGAUUGGGGCGCACAGUAUGCUGGUGUUGCAACAGCUCAGGCAGGACUCGAUGUGGCAAUGCCAAAUGCGGGUUCGCACUGGGGGUCGCAGCUCUCCCAAGCUGUGUCCAACGGCUCUGUAUCGGAAGCAAGGGUCGAUGACAUGGUCACGAGACUCCUCGCUGCUUGGUAUCAGCUGGGACAGGACCAAGGCUAUCCUUCUCCUGGCGUUGGUCUACCGCAGAGCCUUACGGAUCCCCACACAAUUGUUGAUGCGCGCAAUGCCUCUUUUAAGCAGACUCUGCUUGAUGGCGCCAUCGAGGGCCACGUGCUGGUGAAGAACACCAACAACGCGCUGCCCCUGAGCAAACCAAGAAUGCUGUCAAUUUACGGAUACUCGGCCACGCAGCCAGGACAAUACAACGCCGAACCGGCUGGCGGAAGCGUCUGGACGUAUGGUGCGGAAGCUGCAAGCCCUCUGGCCGUCAUUGAGGGCUUUGUAGGAAAUCUGACCUAUCCAUAUUCACAGAUCGCCACGAACGGGACCCUUUUCUGUGGUGGUGGUUCGGGUGCAAACUCGGCUGCCCUGGGCAGCUCGCCCAUGGACGCACUGAUUCAGCAGGCAUAUAAAGACGACACAGCCAUGUUCUGGGACUUUGAAUCCGCCACACCCAAUGUCGACGGGGCCUCAGACGCCUGCCUGGUGUUUGGCAACGCCUGGGCAAGCGAAGGGUCUGACCGACCUGGCGUGCACGAUGACUACACCGACGGCCUGAUCAAGUACGUGGCCUCUCGGUGCAAUAACACGAUCGUGGUCUUCCACAAUGCAGGCGUACGUCUGGUGGACCAAUUCGUCGACAACGACAAUGUGACGGCGCUCAUCUUUGCACACCUCCCAGGCCAAGAAUCAGGGCGUGCCUUGGUCUCGCUGCUGUACGGCGCGUCGAACAACUGGGGCAAGCUUCCCUACACCGUGGCCCACAAUGAGUCUGACUAUGGGGACCUUUUGCGGCCGGACCUAGGCUCUGGCGAGUACGAGUUAUUUCCCCAGGCCAACUUUACCGAGGGCGUGUUUAUUGAUUACCGCCGGUUCGAUGCGGCGAAUACCACACCGCGGUACGAAUUUGGGUACGGCAUGUCGUAUACGACAUUUGCGUACUCGGACCUUGCGAUCACGCAAAACUCAACGGCCAACACUUCGCAGUAUCCCUCGGGUGAGAUCCUCCAGGGCGGUCAGGUCGACCUCUGGGACGACCUGGUCUCGGUCACGGCUGCUAUCGAGAACACGGGCACCAUGAACGGCACCGAGGUUGCGCAGCUCUAUGUUGAGACCCCCAACACGGCGCAACCGUCGAGGAUGCUGAGAGGCUUUGACAAGCCGUUUCUGAGCGCGGGACAGACGACCACGGUGACAUUUUCGCUGACGAGGAGGGACCUGAGCCAGUGGGAUACUUCUGCACAGAAGUGGAUGCUUCAGCCGGGCACAUACACGGUGUUUGUUGGGGCAAGCAGUCGAGACUUGAGGUUGAAUGGGACUUUUACCAUCUGAGUUGGUGAUGAUGAUAGUGGUGGGCAGGUUCAAGCAAGGGUCUUGGAAGAAUGGCCUGGUAAUAUUCAUCGAAUGCUUCACCAGCGGACUCAUGGACGGCGUAUGGCGUUGAGGAAGGUCUUAUUUUGAGGAUCACGACGGAAUCGGUAUGGAAAUGAUGCUUGGCAAAUGGGACAGGAGAAGGAAUACUU